CUCCCUCCUCAAUAUUAUCAACCACAUAAAAUCUACCUUCUUCUCUUAGUUGUUUUGUUGAAAAAAAACACUAUGUGUGGAUCCUUAAAAACAUAUUUAAGGAUCAUCCUUUAAUGAUGUUUGUUUCAUUUUCAAUAUAAACAAAAUUUGUCGGUUGUGUAGUUUACAAAGUCUUUCUCAAACACAAAAACCAUUGCUUUAGCCAAACCACUACUCUCAUCUUCCAUUGGUGGAUCUUGUUUUCCUCUAAAAGAACCAUUUCUUAGUCUACAUAUUUUCCUUCUUUUCUUCAAACCAAUCAACCAAAAUGCUUUACUUUCUUAUAUCUUUUGUCUCCUUUGUUAUGAUCCUUUCAAAGUCCUUUACAAAUUAUAAACCACUUUCAUCAAAUGCGACAAAACUUGCUUCAAAUUUGUUUUGUGGAAAGCUUUUUAGUUUUCUAGCUUCUAGGAUCAAGACAAGGACUAGUUUUCUAGCUUUUAGUUUUUUUCAAUUUUCUCUUUUCAUUCAAUCACCAAACAAGAGUUUAGUACUAUCUAAAUUUGAAGAGGAUCAAAGGAAAGUUUCUCUCUUGGAUUUGCAUGAUUUGCCAUUAGAUUGCAUCCUUGAAAAGCUUUCACCAAAUGAACUAUGCAAUAUGGCAAAAGUGUGUAAAUCUCUUAGAAAAAGUUGUAGAAGUGAUUAUUUAUGGGAGAAGCAUAUGAAGAUGAAAUGGGGUAAAGUGUUUGGUGAUGCUGCUUAUAGAGAAUGGAAAUGUUUUGUAGCUUCAAGAAACGUUAAGAGUUCAAAUCAAUGCAAGAAUCAGAAAAAAAUACUUCAUGAUUUUCUUCCAUUCUUUUGGAUUAAAUCAAAAGCAGAAAAAGAUAUGAAGUUAAAGCUUGAUGAUUCUAUUGCUUCUCUUUAUCUUUCUCUUGAGAAUGGAAAUUUUUGGUUCCCUGCUCAAGUUUAUAACCGUGAGAAUGGUCAUGCUGGGUUUAUGAUGUCAUGCUAUGAUGCUCAACUUUGCUAUGACUCUAGAACUAAUACUUUUCAAGCAAGGUAUUCACCUCAUGGUAGAUGGACAAUUGAAGAAAACAUAAAAUGGGAGAGGCUAAGAGUGCCACCUAUUGACUCUUGUUCACAUGUUCUUCAUAUCUCUGAUUGCUUAGAUGAUUUAAGACCUGGUGAUCAUGUUGAAAUCCAAUGGAGAAGAAACAAGGAGUUUCCUUAUGGUUGGUGGUAUAGUGUGAUUGGUCAUUUGGAAACAUGUCAAGGACAAAGAAACCAUUGUCAAUGUGACAAUAAAGAUACAGUGAUUUUGGAGUUCAGACAGUAUGCAACUAGUUCAAGAUGGAGACAAACAAUGAUAAACAGAAAGAAUCAUAGAGAAGAAGGAAAUGAGAUUGAAGGUUUUUAUGGAGGAAUCAGAAAGUUACAUAGCAAGGAGGAAAUUACAAAGUGGAAGAAACUUUGGCCAACAAAAAAUGUGGAAUAGCAUGAUUAGUAAUAGCUUUAGAACUUUGUAAUUCUACUAAUCCAAAUUCCUAAAAUGUGAAUGUGAAGGAUUGGUUUUUUCUCAAAGAAUGGUAAAUGGUGAGGGAAAAUGGUUUGGGACUGGAAA